AUGAACCAAAUAUAUGGUUUUGAGGGCGAGGUCAGGUCCAAACUAAGUGACACUUUUGUGGAGUUUUUUGCUCUAGUAUUCUGCUUUUUACCCUUAGCUCAUGUGAUAAAUGGGAAGAUAUUUGUUGUCCAUGGAGGCCUUUUCAGCAUUGAUGGUGUUAAGCUCUCUGAUAUUAGAGCUAUUGACCGGUUUUGUGAGCCACCAGAAGAGGGAAAGUCAGCUCUUGAUGCAUAUGAAAUAGAACAUUUGUUAGAGAAUUCAAUCUUUGAUAGUCAUGUCAGAUUGAGGCUAGAGAUCUUUUUACAAUCAUUUGACUUGUAUGAUCCAGAAGAGGUCCUUGACUUAAUUGAAGACUAUUCUUUACCAGAAGCACUGGUCCUCCAAAUUUUGGCAAUAAAGCUAGAGGACUGUGAAAAGUAUUGUGCAAAUGUUGGUAGACCAGAUGCAUAUAUGAAAUGA